AUGAGACUCCUUCAUACUAAGUCAUAUCGUCUUUCUGAGCACUUCAACGAGGAAGUUCCCCCUUAUGCCAUUCUAUCACACAGGUGGGAUGAUCGGGAGGCUACCUUUGAGGAGAUCCGAGAUCUGCGAAACCCACUCACAAUACAUGGCUUUGCCAAAAUCAGGGGUGCCUGUUCCCUGGCCCAGUCCGAUAAUUACGAGUAUAUCUGGAUUGAUACAUGCUGCAUCAACAAGUCAAGCAGCUCAGAACUCUCGGAAGCAAUCAACUCCAUGUAUUCAUGGUACAAGAAGGCUGCCGUGUGUUAUGCAUACCUAAAAGACGUCCAAUAUCGACCCGAGUAUUCGCCCCCUGCAUCCACUAUACUAGGAUUGGACACCGAUCCGUUCCCGAAACGCAACCUAUGUGAUUUUGACGAGUACGAAUUUAGAGGAAGUGAAUGGUUCCAUCGGGGCUGGACACUUCAGGAACUCAUCGCCCCAAAAAGCGUCAUCUUCUUUUCUCGCGACUGGAACCCUCUUGGCACCAAGGUUACACUACGACCUUUAAUCUCCAGCAUUACAGGCAUUGAAGAGACCAUUCUCGCAGGAGGUAACCUUGACCUUUUGUCUGUGGCACGCAAAAUGUCCUGGGCUUCAAAACGUAAGACCACACGGAAAGAAGAUAUGGCCUAUUGCUUGAUGGGUAUCUUCUCGGUCAAUAUGCCCCUGCUGUAUGGUGAGGGAGAUGAAGCAUUCAUUCGUCUUCAAGAGCAGAUCAUCACCCAGACUGGCGACCAAUCCAUCUUCGCCUGGACAAUCCCUAAUGGGGAAGCAGAGCGAAGGGGACUGUAUGGGCUACUCGCGCCCUCUCCUCUCGCGUUUAAGGAGACCGGGAAGCUGGUAUCCUUGUUUACACCCAUCCAUCGAAGAACGCAAGUUAUCAAGAUAAUCAACAGAAGGUUGGAGGUCAGAGUCCUUCUGCGAGAAUCAAGAUCUUCCGAGCGAUAUUGGAGUUUCUCGUUCCAGCCGGGCACGGGUUUCAAAGACGAAGCUGUGAACUCUCGUAAGCCUUUCUAUUCGGCGGUUCUGGAUUGUCAGAUGCGUGCUCCAGGCGAGUCUGGUUAUUCCUCUGAUUCUUGGGCGUGCAUCGAUAUGAUGCAGUUAAGCCCACAAGAUGGACAGGGUGAUACUACACUUGCAAGAAUUAAUCCCCAUUUUAUCGGCAGGGUCUCGGUCAAGGAUAGUCCCAUGACUGGCUAUGCUUAUAAUGCCUUAUACGGAGGCUCUUCUCCUUCAGAAACGUGGCAUAAAAGUUUCAUCAGUACGUCGAAAAUCCCUCAAACUACGAGCUUCCUACUCAUAUAA